GGGGGCGGGGCCGCGCGUGCGCGCGGGGAGGCGGCGGGCGGGGUAAGAUGGCGGAACUGGGGAAGAAGUACUGCGUGUACUGCCUGGCCGAGGUGAGCUCACUGCGCUUCCGCUGCACUGAGUGCGCAGACAUCGAGCUCUGCCCCGACUGCUUCUCGGCCGGAGCCGAGAUCGGCCCGCACCGCCGAUGGCACGGCUACCAGCUGGUGGACGGCGGCAGAUUCACCUUAUGGGGCGCCGAGGCGGAGGGUGGAUGGAGCAGCCGGGAGGAGCAGCUGCUGCUGGACGCCAUCGAGCAGUUCGGGUUCGGAAACUGGGAAGACAUGGCCGCUCACGUGGGAGCAUCCCGGACACCCCAGGAGGUGAUGGAGCACUACGUGAGCAUGUACAUCCACGGCAACCUGGGCAAGGCCUGCAUCCCCGACACCAUCCCCAACAGGGUGACGGACCACACGUGUCCCAGCGGGGGGCCUCUCUCCCCCAGCCUGACCACGCCGCUCCCGCCCUUGGACAUCUCGGUGGCUGAGCAGCAGCAGUUGGGCUACAUGCCGCUACGGGACGACUACGAGAUCGAAUACGACCAGGAUGCUGAGACACUGAUCAGCGGCCUGUCAGUGAACUACGACGAUGAUGACGUGGAGAUAGAAUUGAAAAGAGCUCACGUAGACAUGUACGUAAGAAAACUCAAGGAGAGGCAACGGCGGAAGAACAUUGCGAGAGAUUAUAACUUGGUGCCGGCCUUCCUGGGGAAGGAUAAGAAAGACAAGGAGAAAACUCCCAAACGAAAGAUCACGAAAGAAGAGAAGGAGUUGAGGCUGAAACUGAGGCCUCUGUACCAGUUCAUGUCCUGUAAGGAGUUUGAAGACUUCUUUGAGAACAUGCACAAGGAAAGGGUGCUGCGAGCAAAGAUCCGGGAGCUGCAGCGGUACCGGCGGAAUGGGAUCACCAAAAUGGAAGAGUCGGCGGAAUACGAGGCAGCCAGACAUAAACGGGAGAAGAGGAAGGAGAACAAAAACAUUGCCAGCUCCAAGAGGGGGAAGGAGGACGGCAAAGAAGGGGAAUUUGCUGCCAUUGAAAACCUGCCUGGUUUCGAACUCUUAUCGGACAGGGAAAAAGUGCUUUGCAGCUCUCUGAAUUUGAGUCCUGCGCGUUACGUGACUGUAAAAACCAUCAUCAUUAAAGACCAUCUUCAGAAAAGACAAGGGAUUCCUUCCAAGAGCCGCCUCCCCAGUUACCUGGAUAAGGUACUGAAGAAAAGGAUUUUAAACUUUCUAACAGAGAGCGGUUGGAUAUCCAGAGACGUGUCAUGAGGCCCAUCCAUCUGAGCCACCGCAUCAGAGACCUGACAAGUUCCCUUCCUUUUCCUGCCCUCGCUGGAGAUACAGAAAUUAUCUCAUUCAAAACAGACAAACAAAAACAAAAGAAGCAAAAACAACCCCCCCCCCCCCCCGCGGUGCUUGUGGGCUGAGCUCCCAGCACACUUUUGCUUUGGGUCAUGAAAAACCCUGAAUUGUGAAACUUCUCCAUUCGGUUGCAUUACUCGUUAGAGUACACUGUUGUUACAUUACUCAAAGAGAUUGCUUUCAUGUGAGCCUACUCAAGUCCGAUGGUUCUGGGGUGAUCACUUCACUCCUUACUGUUGGAUCAAUGUCAAUGUCAGCCAUAAUCUUUGCCUUUUAUUUUCCUUUUCUUUUUGUUUUCGGAGGUGAGAGCUGGUUUUCAGCAGCUGAGUUCUUCUUCUCCCUGAUGUUUUUUGUCACAGUGAUGGCAGCCAAGCAGAGCUUGCAGAAAUCCUGAGCUGUCAGAUGUGGGGUGCAGGGAUUGGUGUGGCCGUUGCUGAGCUUUUGGAGCGCUGCCAUUAGCACAGCCCAGGUGUCAGGAUGUGGGGUGAGAGCUUCCGUGGGGUGCAGCGCUGGUGAGCUGUGAUGGGGGUUGGUAGAUGAGGUGCCUGCAGGUAUUUGUGCUGUGUGUGAAGGCUUCUUGGAGAGCUGCCUGACCCAAGUGUAAGCUUGGCUGGGCAGCUGUGUGCUCUGCACUGGGCUCAGCACUGCAGUGAAGUGUUUGGUUCUGGCCAGCUGUGGCUUAGAGCGGGCAGAAUGCUGCCCUGGCAACCUCAGGUGGUGAAAUAACCUCUUCCUUUUGCAAGGAGAACCUGCUCUUCCUCUCCUGUUUGUUGUGCCCAGCAUGUGUAGCCUGAGCUCUUGCAGCUGCCUCCUGAGAGCUGCUGGGAGGGAUGGGGACAGGGAGCUCCGUUCUGAAGCUCAUAGCGGCCACUGAGAUUGGUUUGUACAAACUAAAAAGGAAAGUAUAUAGAUGACAACGCACAGCUCUGUGCUCCUGGAGUGCAGAGCGGUGGAUGCAGCCGUCGCAGCUUUCUGGCUGCAUGUACCUCCAAACCUUCUGGACUAAAUGUGCCGAAGUUUCCGCUGUGGUUGGCAGAAUGGAUCUCGGUUUGCCGCAGUGGCCACUUUGGUGUUGUUGUGUUGUCAGAGCUCUCUGAGGGCUGCGCUCCCUGCCACACAGGGCUGGAGUUACAGAGCAGCAGAACACAAUAGAAACACCUCACCCACCCCACUGUAUUAGUAGUAUAUACCGGUUAAGGGAAAGGUGUUCAAGGAGGAGCAGAGGCGGCCUUUCUUUAUCGUCAUUUCAUUCUUAGAUUCCUGUGCUGGCAUCCAGCCACGUGAAAUUAAUAAAGGAGAGUGGAUUCUGUGUGACAGACAUCAGUGUUAUCACACCUGGGCUGUGCGUGGUGGCUGGCUGGGCAGCAGCUCCACUGUGUGGGUGUGCCAGGAGGUGGAGCUGAGUUGAGAACAGCUGUGAACACGGGAGGUGCGCUCUGGUUCUGGUGCCGCGGGCUGUGGUCAGAGAGGAGCCCCCGACAUCUUACAAACAGUAUUAAUUCUGCAGCUUGGCAGAGCUACGCUGACCAGAACUGGUUUUGAGUCAGUAUCUCCAGCGUUAUCAGAGUAGUGUUACCACUGAGUUUAGAAUACAGAGAGUACAGUUAUAAAGCCAGCAUUUCUAAGGAGAAGGGGAAAAAUAACACACAAAAAAGCUCUUAGUGCCUUUUUGUUUUGAGCUUGUGGUGUUACGUCCCUCCAGGAAAGGAAAGGGCUGUGUGCUCUGGAGGAGUGCUUUGGCUCACCUGGAAGUGGCUUCUCGGGCACUUGAGACAGCGUUGUAACUCACUGCAGUGUGCCAGUAGCUUUAAGAACCUCUUCCACCUACAUGCACGUACAGAGCGCACGCGAGACAAGUUCAGAAGGUGUGAACUGUUGAUUAUUUCCUCUGUCCUUCUCCUGUGGAAAGGAAGCUCAGCCUUUCCAGCCUUGGAGUUAUGCAAUUCGGUUCUUCCUCUGCCCGGCUCUGGCUGCAGCUGGGAGGUUAACACAGAUGUGGGUUUCUGAUUUAUUCCUAUCUUCCUCAGAUCUCAAUUUUAUAUUCCUACGGUGCUUUGGCACACCUAAGCCUAACUGAAGCAAUAGCCUAAAGCCCAUCUGAACAGUAAUUGAAGAAUAAAAGUAUCUCGGCACCAAUGACUCAUUUAGACGUUGUAGAACUGAAUUCUGCAUUCACUUUGUAGUUCCUGAAUUCCUCAGCCCUUCCAAAAUGUUUCUUUGGUGCUAGACGUAACUUAUUGAACAUCAGGAUGAAUGUAAAAUAAAGUAUUUUUAAUGUAUGAGAUAUGGAUAUCGAUAUUUAUUUUAUAUUUGCAAGCAGAUUCAAGGUGGUAAAUGUUUGCUGUAGCAAAUGCUGAUCCCUUGGAAAGGGUUUCCCUAGAAGCAGCGUCUCACUGUCAGCUAUGCUGUCGAUUCUAAAGGUGACUUGCACUAGAGGAUGCUGCUGUCCCGUGUUUUCAGAUGGAACUGACAUAGUCUAAGCAUUCCUUUGUUACGAGCUGCUGUUUUGUUUUCUCAAGCACAGAUGCAGUUAUCUUAAGCUGGCGAUUUAGUAGAGCUGUGCUGCUUCUCGUGUGGUGAAGGGGCUGAGAAAAAGCGAUGCAAAAACUCUUCAACUUUGUGUCUUGUGUUUGUCAGGAAGCACUUCCUGUACUGUACCGAUACCCUGGCCUUCGUGUUGCUAAUGAAGAGGUGCUUGGUUGGUUUGUUUGUUUAAUGCUUAAUGCUCUUAUUUUUGAAUGAAAAAAUAAUGCUAACGAUAGGAUCUGCCCUAACAGCAUUGAUGCAAGCCGAUGGAAAAGUGCUGUCAGCUGCUCAGUCUGACCUGCUGCUGGUAGAUGGCGGCAGUCGGCCUGUUGUAUUGCUGUACACGUGCUUCCAUCAGUCUCAGCCGUGCGUUACAGUACAACUUACUGAGUAGCAAAGGAGCAUUAACCUUCAUUCUGUGCAUACAACAGAUGAGGAGGGCUCCUUACAGCGUCCUGCUUACAGCCCUUCCUGCCCUAUGUUCUGUUGCAGUCCCAGCCAGGGUUAAGAAUGGCAUUAAGAGGUGUUGGAGCCUCUGCCUGUAAAUGGCCUUGUGGAUCACAAAGCUGAAGCACUCUGUCGUUCUUCUCUUGCAUGGUGGCUGCACUGGGUUUCUUUGCAAUUGUAAUCGGCUGCGUCAGCCUUUUGGUUUACUGCUCUUCCUUGCAAGGUGUUUUUGCUUGUGCCCCAGGUGCUCUUAAGUGAUGACGAAUUCAAUACUGUGAAGGAGGGUACCUGGUGAGCACCUCUGGUUCAUCAGCUUCUUCCUUAAAGGGAAUGUUGCACUCAUUUGCAUAGUGUACUGGCGUAGCUGUGCCAGGCACACAAAUGUCUGUGCUGAAAUCAUGUAAAACCUAACUGAUGUUGUGCACACUCAGCAUUUUACUAGAUUUUUGCAUUGUAUAUUGGUAAAUAAACUUGUAUUAAAGUUUCUUUCCACUAUUGA